AUAACUAAUCACGCACACCCACCCACACGCACAUACCAGUGCACAUAUUCGCACAAAAAUACAUACAAGUACACUAAGUGAAUCCUAUUUGUUUAUUUGUGUAAAUGACCUCAAAUCGACUGAUUAGGUAUUCACAAGCUAACCAACAACAACAACGCCAACAACACCAACCCCGACAACACAAUAACAACACCUGGAAAAUAUGCAAAAAUAUCUAUGUUGUAUAUGCAUAUGUAUAUAUGCCUUUUUUCUCAUUGAGUAUAAUUUGAAGAGUUGUACAUAAAUCAUCUGCAUUGUUUUUGUGUUAGACACUCUAUUAUCUAUCUAUCUAUAUAUAUAUAUAUAGAGAGACUGAUUCAUAGAAGUCAAAGAGGCAUAAAUACGCGAAGUAUUUGACAUUGUUGUGAGUAGAUUGAAGAAGAAGAAGAAUGCUGGAAGAAUUCAUCAAAGCUUAUCUUAGUAUUUGCUCUGAAGGGGAUAAUGUCGCUGAUCGUGAAGAGUUGACUGAUUAUUGUAGAAAGAAAAAUCUUGAUAUGAAACUUGUUGAGCAAUGGAUUGAAAAAUUCGACGUUGACAAAGAUGAUCAAAUCUCAAUGGAAGAGUUUUGUCGUGCCCUAGGUUUAAGUCAGAAAGAAAUGCAAAUCGAAAAAGUUCAUCGUACUGAUAGUAAUGCAGCUAAAGUACCAAAUGUUUCAAGUGACUUUGAAAUUAUUCUCUCAAAAUUAUCAAAACAAGCUGAAUACGAUAUUACUGAACGUGUUCGUGAAUUAUUCGGCAAUACAACAGAGAAUAAAGAUGCUGAAAUUAAAGAUAUUUCAAAUAAGCUGAAACAAUACUUAGAUGAUACAUAUGAUCGUGUCUGGCAAGUGGUUAUCUUACGUGGUUCAUAUUGGAUGAAUUUCUCCCAUGAACCGUUCAAAUCAAUUCAAUUCAAAUAUGGUCCAUAUAUUAUUUUACUCUGGCGUACACCAAAAGGUUAAUUAGGAUGGGAAAUAAAAAUUCAAACAAGAAAGAAAUUAAUUAGCAGAAGACAAUUAUUAAGAAAUUAAUUCCAACAGUAUUUAGUAGAAAAAAAGGUGAAUUAAAAACUAUCUUCUUCAUGCUGUUAUGUAUCUUAUCGUGUGUGUGUGUGAGUGUGUGCGAGCUUGUGUGCUGAAUACCUUAAGCUGUUAAGUUUUAUUUAUUAAAGAAAUAUUUUUUAAUAAAAAAGUUUGUU